UCUACCCCCACAACCUGCAAGCUGCCACAGUCAAUUCCAUUUCUAAAAGAAGUCAAGUCCUACCUUUACUAUCAGCAUCCUUUGCAUACAUACAAUACAGCACAAUACAGUAAUGGGCGCCAUUAUGAGAGCCGAGACUCUCUCCAAUCUCCCGCUAUGCAUGGUGUCUUUGGAUCCGACCACAUUGCAACCAUUGGCCGUCAACGACUUGUUUCAAGAACACAUGGGUCCACUGUACAAGUUUCAAGAUUCGGACUUUUCCAUGGCGGCCACGGAGGAUUCGCGGGAUCGCUUUCGCAGUGCCAUGCAGUCGGCAUUGGAUGCUGCCAAUAGUAGUAGUAGUGGUCGCAUCCGCGUGAGGAACAUUGAAAUGGUAACCUUGGCGGGUGGCAGUAGUGGAUUCCCACUGCGUCGGUUCUUUGAUUGGUUCCUGCGAUACAAUAAUACGGAAGGCGAAUUGGUCUUGUUGGGCGAUUACUGUUCCUCGGAUCAAGAUGUGCAUCAACGAGAACAAGAUGCCGAAUGGAUUGACUUUUUCGAGAAUGCGCCCAUUGCACUGCAUUGGUUGACCAGUGAAGGCAAGAUUCUAUGGGCCAACCAGACGGAACUACGGGCUUUUGGAUACACGGAAGAAGAGUUUAUCGGACAUACCAUUACCGACUUUUGUCAUCCCGAGGAAUUGCCACUCUUUCGAGAGAUUUUCCAACAAUUGGGAGACCCUUCCAAAGGCUACGUCAAGGAUGUCCCCGCACGAUUCUUGACCAAACAGGGCGAAGUCAUGCAUUUACUCAUUGAUUCCAAUGUCCGCUACGAGAAGGAUGGCUCAUUUUGUCAUACGCGAUGCUUUGUACGAGACGAUACGGCUCGUAAAAUCAAAGAAGCCCGUGCCAGUCUGCUGCUCGAAGAAACCAAACGCAGUCUCCAAAUGCUCGACAAUUUCAUGGCACGAUCCAUUCAUCAUUUGCGCACUCCCUUGCAUGUCACACAAACCAUGGUCGAUGCCAUUGGAGUGUAUCUACAACAACAGCAACAGCAACAGCAACAGCAACAAUCUAAUACUACAACGACAACGAUGCAAGACUGCAUGGAAAUGGUACACAUGGCCAAUGAACAAAUACAUCAAAGUGUCGCAUUACUCGAUGAUGUCGCCGAUUUGGCCAAGUUUGAUCAAGGUGGCGUCCUGCACAUGCAUCCCGAGAUUGUGUCGCUGGAACAGUUGGGGAGAGAUGUACUACAGCAAGUGGCAGACGACCCUCACAACCACAACAAUACAAAUGUCGAAAUUGCGCUCGAGCUGCGACAAUCCGCCAAUGACAAGAAAGGACCCAGCAUGGCUGUGACCGACCCCACCGUGCUCACGAGAAUCUUGAAACAUCUCUUGAACAAUGCCCUUCACGUGACACAACGGGGCCGUGUCGUUUUGGAGAUUGGAUACACACCCCGCCUUACAUUUGCCGUCACGGAUACCGGACCUGGACUGGAACUACUGCCCGACCAAGGAGACGGCGACUUGCCCGUCAUUUUUCAACGCUAUCAUCAAGAACUGCUGCCCGAUGAUACCAACUGUCUCGUCAUGGCCACGACGUUGCGCGAACGCAUUGAACAGAGUAUUGCGUCGCAUCAGAAAAAUGGCAUGGGGAUUGGAUUGUCAUUGACAUAUCAUCUCGUGCAGUCAUUGGGAGGGGAAUUGCAGUGCACUUCGCGCAUGGGAGAAGGAACGCGGUUUUCCUUUUCGCUGCCCUACACCGUGUCGCACAAUACUGGCAUAUUGUUGGCCAACAACAAAAAGGAGGAACUGCCCAGCGAACGAGUUGUCAUUACGCGAUCAUCGUCGUCUCGUCUACGAUCUCUUCCUUGGACGACAGCAACGACGGCGACGACAACAGCAACAAUCCUCACGGAACCAUCCAUGGUGAAUGGACGCGACGACCCUGCAAGAAAGGACAAUUCGCAUCUUACGUUUGAACAUGAGGACCCAAAACCUUGCGACAUUAGUAUCACUCCUCCAGUAUCCUGCCUGGCAUCCCAGGGUGUCAAAUGCCAAGAGCCGCCAUCCAUUCUGGUAGUAGAAGACAACAAAACUUGUGCCAAAAUGUUGUGUCGAACCUUGUCCGUCGAAAAGUGUGCUACCAAAUGGGUGGAGAAUGGCAAGCUGGCAGUGGAGUUGCUGCAGGAGACCACACCGGGGACCUACGAUCUCAUCAUUAUGGAUCUGAGAAUGCCAGUCAUGGAUGGCCUGGAAGCAACCAGGAUCAUCAAGGGAAAGCUUGAGAUUACCACACCGGUCAUUGCGCUCACUGGGGACGACAACGAAAGGACAAGAGAGGAAGCCGACGGAAUCGGGUUCGACGGCUUUUAUGGCAAACCGCUCAAACGCGACAAGCUGAAAGAGAUCCUUGCACAAUUCACGGGGUACCGAGCGUAGUAGCUACAGCAACAGAUUGUGAAAGGUCAUUGCCACCGUACGUCCACUAAGUUCCCAAUAGCUAGCUUUACCAGCUUUACCCAAUACGAUGUACCAGGUACCUUACCGGUACAGACAUGUACUAGUGCCUGUAAUUGUGGCACCCCCCGAAGUGAGUGACGAGUCGCCUCCACCCACAGCCCAUGGAGUGACCUCUUCGCACAUGGUCACGACGACCACUUACCGGUACCUGGUUCCAGCACAUGCCAGAGCUUGCCCCACAAUGGAUGAACUACCACUAGCUACUACAACUACUAUAAAGAAUGAAGACCUGAUUUUUGUUCUUGUAAA